AGGGUGCCGAGGCCCGCGCGUGCGCACAGCUUCACACUGCCGCAGGAGCAGGUUCCUAGGUGCUGCUGGGGACUCAGCGGUGCGCAAUGUCCGAGCUCCCCGGAGAGAGCAGGAUCCCGGACCUGAGCCUCAUGAACGGCGUCGGCGACGUCCUGCAGGCGGGAAUGGGCGGAGGCAAUCAGGUCCCCGAAGCCCAGGAAAGUCCGCUGGCCAGAGCCGCCCGGUCCAUGGCGCAGGCGCCGGGCCUGGCUCCCGGGCAGUUCCCCGGCGUGGCCGGCCUGAUGGCGUUACCGCACGUCCACGCGCCGCUCCUCCUUCUAGAGCUGUACGAGCAGCGGAUGUUCCAACACUACCUGCACACCAACCCCCUGAUCCCCACCAGGGUGCUCCACGACAUCGAGGAGCGCCGCCGGCUGUUCGUGGAGGGCUGCAGGGCCAGGGAGGCGGCCUUCGACGCCAACCCCCCGGAGAUGGACUCGGACGCCCGCGCCUUUAUGCUGGCGCUCUUGGCCUCCGACGCCCACGGCCCACCGCCGACUGAGGGGUGGCCUUCGCCUAUAAUCCCAGCCUCAGGAGGGACGAGCCUGGAGGACCAGGAGUUCGAGGUCAUCCUCCGCUAAGUAGCAAGUUGGAGGCCAGCCUGAGCUACAGGCUUUUAAAAAUUAAAAAAAUUUAAAAAUUAAAAAUUAAAAAAAAAAAGGAGAGAGAUUGAUUGGUGGCCAGGAAGUCAGGUGACUCUUAGGAUCAAGGGCAAAGGUAGAUGUCUGGGCAAAGGUCAUGAGGUGAGAAAUCCAAGCCAGAAUAGAGCCAUGGGCAGGAUGGAAUGAAGCAGGCCCAGAAAGAGAUGGACACUCGAGGCUUGAGCCUGACAAGCCUGGCGUCCACCUUGUGACUGUCAGCAAUCUUUCCCUCCUCUGCAUUUGUUGAAAAUCAUGGUUGCUUCACUGUGAAGGACGAUGGUUUUGCAAAGAUGAAGUCUAAGAAUUACCAAUGAAAAAGACCAUAGAAAUCGACGGAGAUGCAGGAAGAAACCAGAGAGCUGUGCUUGUCAGACUCAGCUGCUCCUGGAUUUUAUUGGAGUAAGAAGGCUGUGAACAACUUGGACAUUUCAGGAUUAGGGGGUCACCUCAUUGUCAGCUGAGAAACUCAAUGUAUCGUUAAUUCUUGUGUUGAAUGUUCUAUAGACAGUUGUAAAUAUUCAGAUAGGAAAAUCAUGUAUGUGUUGUGAGAUGAAUAUUUUUCAAGACCUUGUGUAAUUGUAUCCAUGUGGAAAUAGAUGAGUUAAUAUUUAAAUGAUACAGACACGAGACUCAAAAUUAGCAAAAGAUACUAUGAGAAGUUAAACUUCUGCCAAAUCAAAAACAAGUAUCCAUACAGAGAUGGGGUUAGGGUGGGAAAUUGUUUUCUGUAGGGUUUUCAAAACUGUUUUAUAAGGUGUGUAUGAAUUGGUACCAGUCUAGUUAUCCCCCAGUCCUGGGUGCUGUGGAUGAGUCCCAAGCCUUCUUCCCCUGCUCCCAGUCCUUCUGAAUGAAGGUAGGGUAGGAUCAUGGUUCAGUGGUUAAAGGGGUCUGCUGCUAAGCCUUAUUACUGAAUUUGAUCCCGGGACCCAUGAGGUGGAAGAAGAAUCCAUACCCGUUUUCUCCGAGCACCUCGAGUGUGUGCGUACACAUGCAAUGUAAAGACGACUACAUAGAACCUGAUCAGCAUCUUGGGUUUUUAUAUGUUCAGUUUUAAUGGAAGUGAUUCUAUAUCUUUUUUUUUUUUUAAUGACUACUAUUUAAGUCUGUAUCUUAACAUAUUUAAUGAACUAGUUGUCUUCUGGACACCUGGA